GGAGAAGAAGAUACGAAGAGAAAGAGAGAAACAAAAUGGCGACAAUCGACAAACAACUCUCCCCGAAGGAAUCUGACAUCCGAGUGAUGGUUGCAGCUGAAGUUCACUUCAGAACCAAAAAUUGCAAAUACCAAAUGGAACGUUACGUCUUCAAGCAACGCAAUGUUGUUAUUUACAUCUUCAAUCUUGAGAUAAUAUGGGAGAAGCUUCAGAUGGCUGCUAAAGUUAUUGUUGCUGUCGAGAACCCUCAAGACAUUAUUGUUGUUGAUUCUUACAAACCGGAGAACCGACCAUCAGAUAACAUCCUCAACAUUCCCAUCAUUGUUUCUUGUGAUACUGGAAUCCUAGUAAACAAUAAGGGAAAGCACAACAUUGGAUGUGUUUUCUGGAUUCUUGCUCCUAUGGUCCUUCAGAUGCGUGGAACUAUUCGUCUGGAACAGAAGGAACCCGAGGCGGCCAAGCAAUUGGAGGCAGAUUUUGCUGCUCUUGAAUAUGGAGUGAUCGGUGAAGACCAAUGAACCACUGCUCAAAUCCCUAAUGAUGCGUGGCUAUAGGAAGCUCAACAACCAAUUGUUGCUGCUCUCACUGCUGCUUCGUGGAGUGAUGUGAGUGGUUACGUAAUUCGGUUUCUUUCGAGUUUCUCAAGUGUUAAGGUGUUGGGGUUAGUGCCAAGCCGAGGUAUGUUUUACACAUCACUGAGAUAAACUUAUGAUACAUUA